UGUGCGCAGCCUGCAUGCGCGCCUUCUCCAAGGAUGAACGGACGCGCGCAUGCAACGUCGUCCUCCUUCAAUUCAAUGUGAUCAUUCUAACAUCAUCGUCUCCCAGUGGCCUUUCAACUGAUGCUUUUUUUUUUGUCCCCCCCUCUCUCCCUUUCAAGCCUCCUUCAAUUGUUUGUCACGCGUGCCUGUCGGCGUGGAUUGGUGUAAGCGGCCGUCAUCACCAGCAGCACCUCCGCUGCCGCCGCCGCCGCCGUGCAGACCCCCGCGUUGCGUUGGCGCUGCGGAAUAGCCGACAAGACGAACAAGAAGAGGGCAGCUCUCAGCCCGGGAGACAAGCCAAUCCAUUUUGGAGAAAGGGGGUGAGGGGGGGUGGGGGGGAAGACAGACGAGCGAGCGAGCGCUGAUGAGGAUGUUGAAGGGAAAACAUCGACGUUAGACUCCGCAACGCCGAGCCCCUCCUUCCACAGUGAGAAGAAACAAACAUCCUCUGCGGAGAAGACCAAAUUGCUCCCAAAUAUAAUUUUCUACUAAUAAUUGUCAUGGGAACAAAAAAGGGACAUGCUCUCUUAAAAUGACAUGCAAGGAAGAUCAAGGUGCUUGGUAGUCAUAGAAGCGUGAGCAAAGUAAAAUCUAUUAAAGAUAGAGUCUCUUUAAUAUAACAUUACACCCGUCUUUCUAAAUUAUUGAGCAGUCGACUUGAAGGAGAAAAACAGCAUAAGAGCAUAAAAUAUGGACAUAAAAAUAAGCACUUAAAGUCCCCCUGUUAGGAGGUAAUUUAUAACAUCAUACGGCAGUAGGGGUGGGUCAUGACUCAGUUGCCAUGCGUGUUGUCAUGGUGACCAGACCCUGCACCCCUUCCCCCCUCCUCUGGUUGGUCCACCUUUUGUUGUGGUUCCACAACCAUGGACCUCAGCUGACAGAAGCGGCACCCCCCUGCCCGGUCCCCUGUAGCUGCUCCAAUCAGGCCAGCCGCGUCAUCUGCACCAGGAAGACCCUAGACCAAGUCCCGGACCGUAUUUCCGAAAACACCAGAUACCUCAAUCUCCAGGAGAACACAAUUCAGGUGAUCAAGUCUGACACCUUCAAACAUCUGCGGCAUCUGGAAAUCCUCCAGCUCUCCAAGAAUCACAUCCGGCAGAUCGAGGUGGGAGCGUUCAAUGGGCUGCCGAACCUCAACACGCUGGAGCUGUUCGACAACCGUCUCACCGUGGUACCGUCGCAGGCCUUUGAGUACCUCAGCAAGCUAAGGGAACUAUGGCUACGGAACAACCCCAUCGAGACGCUGCCGGCCUUCGCCUUUCACCGCGUUCCCUCUUUACGUCGUCUCGAUCUCGGGGAACUCAGGAAACUGGAUUUCAUCUCCGAGGCCGCCUUUGAAGGUCUGGUCAACUUGCGUUUCUUGAAUCUCGGCAUGUGCGGCUUGAAGGACAUCCCCAACCUCACCCCGCUCGUACGACUGGAGGAGCUGGAGUUGUCGGGCAACCAGUUGGGGAUCGUCCGGCCGGGAUCCUUCCAGGGCCUGGUGUCUCUACGAAAGCUGUGGCUCAUGCACUCCAAGGUGUCGGUGAUUGAGCGCAACGCUUUUGAUGAUCUGAAAAACUUGGAGGAGCUCAACCUGUCCCACAAUUCGCUUCAUUCGCUGCCUCAUGACCUCUUCACGCCUUUGCAUCAGUUGGAGAGGGUCCACCUCAAUCACAACCCGUGGUCGUGCACCUGUGACAUUCUGUGGCUCAGCUGGUGGCUCAAAGAAACGGUUCCCAGCAACACCACGUGUUGCGCCCGAUGUCACGCGCCGCCGGGCCUGAAGGGCAAGUACAUCGGCGAACUGGAUCAGAGCCAUUUCAUCUGUUACGCCCCGGUCAUCGUGGAACCGCCCACCGACCUCAACGUCACCGAGGGCAUGGCCGCCGAGCUCAAGUGCCGCACGGGAACCUCCAUGACCUCCGUCAACUGGUUCACGCCCAACGGCACCCUAAUGACCCACGGGUCGUACCGCGUCAGGAUCUCGGUGCUCCACGACGGAACGCUCAACUUCACCAACGUGACCGUGCAGGACACCGGGCAGUACACUUGCAUGGUGACCAACUCGGCGGGGAACACCACCGCCACCGCCGUGCUCAACGUCUCCGCGUCGGAUCCCAGCAACAGCUACAGCUACUUCACCACCGUCACUGUGGAGACAGUCGAGACGGUGGGAGGCGGGGACGAUAAGAACUCGGCCAGGCAGUACAUCAACGAGACCUUCAUAGAUUUCCCGAACCCUACUGUUGAACGAGGGGUCUUAGACGGCAUCACUAUAACCCCUUCUCUCUCUUCGCUUUCCUCGCUGUCCCCGCGGGCAAACAGAGCCACGGAGAACGCCGUGACCGUGUCCAUAAUUGACGUAACUAACAUUCCCGGCCUGGACGACGUCAUGAAAACCACCAAGAUUAUCAUCGGUUGCUUUGUGGCCAUUACGUUUAUGGCGGCCGUCAUGUUGGUGGUCUUCUAUAAGCUCCGCAAGCAACACCAGCUGCACAAGCACCACGGCCCGGCCAGAGCCAUCGAAAUCGUCAACGUGGAAGACGAAAUCGGAGCCGGCGCCGGAAGCGGUAUCUCGGGCGGGUCCACCAUGAACGCCGGCGGCGGAGAGGGAACCCUGAGGAUACAUCAUCCCGAAAUAGUCAACCUACCCAACAUCGGCCGUUCGGAUACGUUGAACCACCACUACUACAAGACCCAUCAUUUCAACAACAACGUGAUGGGUCUUAGUAUCGGGCCCGACGGAAUGGGAUCGGGAGGAAUGCACAAGAACCAGCAAGGCCAGGAAAUCCCCAUCUCCUGUACGCCCGUCCCCAUCUCCACAGCCAAUCUGCUCAUGUCCUCGGGAAACGGCACCAACGUCAACCCGAGUUCAAUGUCGCCGCCUCUGCCCAUGUCUCUCCCGAUGCCCACCAUGGGCCUACACGGAUCGAUUAAAGGUUUCAUGGGCCAGAACCAGAAUCCCCAAAUGGAGCCGCUUCUCUUCAAGGGGAACUCAAAGGAAAAUGUCCAGGAGACUCAGAUUUAAAAGCGCCGGUGGGACAGAGAGGGGAUUCAUGUUGGGUUUAUGCUCGGAAUGAUGAGACACUAGAGUGCUUUGACUUUACGCCGGGAGACGGGAUAGAUGGGACGCGGCGGCGGCGGCGGCGGUGGCGGCGACACACAAACACAAAGACUCGUCCGUGACGGUGCGCCCAGCCACAGUGGGCCACUUGUGUCUGUCGUAACGCUCACGGCCAAGGAGAUCAAGGAAUGGACAUUGCUACGAUGUAAAUCUGUGCCAAAGCAAAUGUUUUUUUUUUUUUGCAUUUUCUCCAAACUGUCUUGUCAAAGGGAAAAAAAAACGAAAAAAAAAAAAACAAGUCUUUGGAAGUAAUCGGGCCCUAAAUCAUUGUUGGCCCGGAGAGAUGGAAGACAUGCACACUAGUACUUACCACGCUGAAGAUGGCAGAGAUUACGGAGAUAUGAAAUCCGAGAGACAUUUUUCUUCUCAAAAAGAAGCCACAUUUGCUCUGAAGUGACUCAAUAGACCCCCCCCCCCCCCUGAGGUGACAAUAACGUAGGCAUACGUAGAUGGACAAAAAGGUACAGUGCAGUACAACCUACUGUGAAAACUCCACAAAUUAUAUAAAUAUAUUUUCAUUUAAAUAUGUAUCAUUGCAAACUCGGACGCAGAGAUAUUUUGGGGUGGAUGUAUAUUCGGGUAGAGUUUGUUUCUAUGUGACUAACGAGCGGGGUCGGAGAUUGGGGAGGUUGGUUAUGAUACAUGUUUUCAGUUUGGCUACUUCUCAGAGAACAUAAGGGCUCAAUUGCAACACUCAUUGUGAAUCUUUGAAUUGGCUUCAAGUCUAUUUAGGUUGUAGUACAGUAAACGGCGAUCUCUGUUUGACCAACUUCUGUCUGUUGCUUCAGUAGUACUCAUUACGAUUUUUUGUGUUCCGAGGGUGUAUUAUGUAUUUUGUAACAGCCGGCUACUUGGUAUUUGAAUCGUAUCAAUUCUUACAAUGCCAUCAUGUUCCAACUAAUGUUUCACAAAAAGGACGCGGUAUUCCCAUGCAAAAACAUGUGCGGCUAAAAUAAAAGUGUUGACUUCUAUGUGUUAUUUCAAGCAGAUCCGUAGCCAGGAAUUUGAUAUGACCUCCUCGCUCAUGGUGACUAUAAUCAUGCCAUAAACGCCGUCGUUAAUGACGUUUCGACAUCUCUCCGCAGCAGCAAAACGGACGGGAUCCAACAUCCCACCGAGGAUGAGUAGAAUGAAUGGAAAUGUACAGUAUAUCAAUAAUAACAAUGUCUGGUUGUAUGACAAUUGUAAGAACUGCAUUUUUACAGUGUAACUUUCAUAUGUUCGAUGCCAUUUGCGCUUCUCGCGUUUCAACUAUGUAUUUCUUUAUUUUUGUUAGUUUGAUAUAAUGUGUACAGUUGUCUAGCCAUGUAUCAUUAUGUGUGAAAUAAAUGAAUCAUAUAUUGGAUUGUGACGGCUCAAUAUGGCAACCGAGAUAGCAAAACGGGAGGAGUUCUGUGCUGAACCAGGAGUGGACGUAUGGGUCGUGGUUCCGCCAUUAGUCACCGUGCUAAUGAAAGGUGUCAUCUGCGCUAUUAACAUGUUCAGACAGGCGAUUAGUCACUCCCCUAUAUAAGUUCAGCAGAUGCUACAAAGGGAGUGUUUUCAUGAAAACUGGAGGAAGGUGGCAUUUAUUUUUGGAGCCCUUGUAUGAAAUUUGUUUCGGUGAGGUGUUCAGUUAGAUUUUUUUGGGGGUAUAAUGUUUGUUGCAAUUGAGCACAGGCUGGAAGUGUGAUGCAAUUAUUAAUUCAUAUUACGUUUGUGGAAUAUGAAUUCACCGCUCUGAGUUUGAUGAAAAUGGAUGGGCUUUUUCUGAUUAAUUCAUAUUCCACAAACGCAAUAUUAAUCUGAAUACCGUGUUUGAAUUAGUCCGGGCACAGAACGUAUUGGAAAGAACAUUUUUGACUUGACUUUCUCUUUAAUGGAUUAAAAUUUGAUCAAAUUCGCUUCAGUGCUCAUAUAUCUGGUUCACUACUUUGUCCCUUUAAAGUGAAAAUAAAAAACUUGUAAAUUUCA